AUUCCUUUCUCUACCAACUACCUAGAAACCCAUUGAUAUGCCUGCAAUUCUCAUUCCCAGCUGCGGCUUGUUGUUGCCGACCCAACUAAAAUCCUGGGUCUUGGAGACACGGUCAAUUCUCGUCGGACCACACUUUCGGGUUACCCAAGCCCCGCUAAGAUCGAAGUUUCCGCCGCUACUUCCGUUGCCGGAUCUCUCGGGGUCGGAGUUGGCCGACGCUUGGUUUUUUCGUCGAAUGGGAGGCCGGUGCUCGUUGAGACGUCGCGAACAUCGUCGUCACGGCUCUCCCGCUUCUUCCCCGGCAGUUGGACCCGUUACGAAUCUCCCGCUGCCAAAUUUCCCUCCACCUCGUCCCCCUCCUUCUUCCCUCCCCCCAGCUCCCGACCUGGCGGCGGUCCCCUCCAACGACGGCAGCGGCAGCGGGACCUCGGCGAAAAGGGAGACGAUGGCGGCUCUGCCGUACGCCCACGUCGACGGGAGCCUGCGAGCGCUCGCCGGGCAGGCCGAGGGCUUCGGCCACCACGCCAUCGGAGGCCUCAAUGGACCCGUCUUUCACGUCACAUCCUUGGCUGAUGAUGGAUAUGGUUCGCUUCGUGAUGCAUGCCGUAGAAAAGAACCCUUGUGGAUUGUUUUCGAAGUUUCAGGAACCAUCCAACUUUCAUCGUACUUGAGGGUAUCAUCCUAUAAGACAAUUGAUGGUCGAGGACAGAGGGUUAAGUUAGCAGGCAAAGGCUUACAACUGAAAGAGUGUGAACAUGUGAUAAUAUGCAAUCUGGAGUUUGAAGGUGGUCGAGGACAUGAUGUUGAUGGUAUUCAGAUAAAGCCCAAAUCAAGACAUAUCUGGAUAGACCGUUGCAGUCUGCGUGAUUAUGAUGAUGGACUAAUUGAUAUCACCCGUGAAAGUACUGAUAUUACAGUGUCAAGAUGCCACUUCUCGAUGCAUGAUAAGACGAUGCUUAUUGGAGCAGAUAGUAGCCACAUCACUGAUAGAUGUAUACGGGUGACAAUUCAUCAUUGUUUUUUUGAUGGGACAAGACAGCGGCAUCCUCGAGUUAGAUUUGGCAAAGUUCACCUUUACAACAACUAUAUAAGAAAUUGGGGCAUAUAUGCUGUUUGCGCCGGUGUUGAAGCACAGAUUGUCUCUCAAUGCAAUAUAUAUGAAGCAGGACAGAAGAAGGUGGUUUUUAAAUACAUGCCUGAGAAGGCAGCAGAUAGAGAAGAGAUAUCAUCAGGAUGGAUAAGGUCUGAAGGUGACCUAUUUCUGAAUGGCGCCCAGCCUUGUUUAUUACAAGGUGCUGGUGUGGAAUGUGUUUUCAGGGCCCAUGAGCAUUACCCAGCUUGGACAAUGGAACCUGCAUCACCGGCUCUGAAAGAGGUUCUCCAGUUGUGUACAGGAUGGCAGGCCAUACCAAGGUCACCAGGGUGUUAGUACUGUGUCUGUGUGAGGUACCUGCGUCUAAAACAGCUAUCAUAGAUAUACGGCUCCAUGUGUUAUCAUGUAUACGAGUAGAAGCCCUUUAGUUUAGUUUAUUUAUUCGUUCAGCUUGUGUUUAUUUGUUUGUUUGUCGAAUAUUAAAUUGUGCCUAUGUGGCCGAAUGUGAUCUUUGGUAAGCCAUCCUUUUAACUUUGUUGAAUCUGUUAGCUUUUAAAUUCAUGCAUCUCCUUAAA